AUGCGCACGGCCGGCGCGCAGGCGCAGUGCGGGGCCGGGCCGGGCCGGCGGGCAGCCAUGGUGUACAUCUCGAACGGACAAGUUUUGGAUAACCAGAGUCGGGCUCCCUGGAGUUUGUCGUCUAUAACAGAUUUCUUCUGGUCGAUAGCAGAUUUUGUGGUUCUGUUUUUCCAGAGCAUUAUUCAACCAGAUUUGAGAAGAAGAGGCUACACAUCUUCCUCCUAUUCAGGAUACCAUGAUGGAAGAGGGCCUCCAGCACAUCCUCGCCGUAGGAUGGGCCGAAUAAAUCACUGGGGUGGAGGCCCCAGUCCACCACCAAUGGCUGGAGGUGGAUGAGGAAGGUAA